AAAUAAUAAGUAUCAAUUUCUUCAAAGGAUUAUUUUUUAAACGAAACAGGUUAAAAUGAGUCAACUCGUUACUUUAUUUCUAAUUUCUGUGAUAUGUGCAACGGUCGCAGAAUGUCAAGUAGGCCUGCUACCUGUGCCUGGUGGAUUAUCGAAAAGAAGAAGGGUAAAGCCAGGCGAUGAAAUCAUGACGAUUGCCAAAGACCUUAAAGAGGAAACAGAGAAAAUGACUGGUGAAACAUACCCAAAGUUUGUACCCAAGUCUUACAAAACCCAAGUCGUCAGUGGAUAUAUGUAUUACGUCAAGGUAAGAGUCGGAAGAGGAAAAGAUAAAUUCAUCCAUAUCAAAAUUCAUCACCAACCAUGGAUUCGGGGACCGCAGUUAGCAGAUGUUGAAGAAGGCCAAACCAACGAAUCUCCCAUUGAGUCUUUCUAAUAUUCUUCAGUCUUAAUUGAAAUUAUUAUUGGCUAUCAUAUCAAAAUUAUUAGUAUAUCAAAGACUAAUUAAUUUUACAUGAAUAAUUAUUAUAAUUUGUCACCUUAUUUUUCUUACAACUGAUAGUAUUAUAUCACUCAUGCUCAAAUAUCAUGAUAGCGUCUUGAAGAAAACUUUUAAUUAUACCAGAAUAAACUUAUUACGUGUUCAA